CUUGCUUGGCUGCUUUUGAGGUGUAGUGUCCUCGCAAGGGCUAAGGUCAUUUUUGACGACCUACACCGAAAUAAACGCAAUAAUCAUGUCGACUAAGGACGAGGCUUCAUGCGUCUACGCUUCCCUGAUCCUGGCCGACGAUGACAUCGCUGUCACGUCUGAGAAGAUCCAGACUCUGCUGAAGGCGGCCGGCGUCACCGUGGAGCCCUACUGGCCGGGCCUGUUCGCCAAGGCUCUGGAGUCGGCCGACAUCAAGUCGCUGCUGAGCAACGUGGGCUCGUCUGUGGGCGCCGCGCCGGCGGCCGCCGCCGCUCCUGCCGCCGCCGCCGCCGAGCCGGCCAAGGAGGAGAAGAAGAAGGAGGAGGAGCCCGAGGAGUCGGACGACGACAUGGGCUUCGGUCUCUUCGACUAAGCGGACUACCAUCUUCAUCAUUGUUUUAAUACACAAAACCAAUGACGGAGAA